CAUUUCAAUGAUAAAAUUUUUAGUUUAACUUAAUGUAGCGUUGAUAGCAUUCAAAACAGGAUCCUGUAUAUUGUUAUCGCAAUAGAUAUUUUGGGCGUCAUCAUUGAUGUCUACAUUUGUGUAUUUCUCACUCUCUUUAUUGAGCAACAAUUAUCCAAACUUGUGCAACUGAUGCCUAUGUUGAAAGAGCUGUGGUUUUACACGUUAAAACUAACAAAAAAAAAAAAAUCCGUAUAUGGAAAUACAUAUUGAAUUACUGGCAGCUGCGUGUAUAUUCUUGCGGGAUUUUGAAAAACAAAACUGAUAUCCUUUGUAUUGAUUUUCAUAGAAAAUUUUUCUAUCUCUACAAAAUUUUAUUCAAAAUAGUGAUACAAUCGUUUAUCAUGGAAAUUCAAGAUGUUCCUGAUAGUGAGAGGCCGUUACAACCAAAUAGAACUUCAACGCGUCGAAAAAACAUGGGGUUCUGGUCGAGAACAUUGUUUCAGCGAAUAUUCUUACAAUCUCUUUGUCGAUUGAUAAUCUAUUUGAAUAAGAUUUACCAAGAUUUUGGAGCUGUUAAUACAUAUCAUUCUGAACAUGCGCUAUAUUUUGAAAUAAUUUCAUUACUUUGCUUGAUACUUCCAUCAAUGAUAUUCGCCAUUUAUCAAAGUUUUGCCGAAUUUAUCAAGAAUGAAAAUUUCAAUGCAAAAGCCAUCAUUACUAAAUUUGUAAAUGGAUUAUUAUUGAUUCCAUGGCAAAUGAAAAGAUAUCUGGAUGGGCUAUAUUUUUCAUCUCAAAAUCUUUGCUCUUUCCGGCAAGCAAAAGAUGAUGAAAAGGAAAAUUUUUUUUUCGUAAAUCGUAAUGCAGAAACGUUAGAAUUUUUCGAAGAUUUCUAUGCCGGAUUCAUUCAAGUAGUCAUGCAGAUUUACAUUCUGUCAGUCGAAACAAACAACAAAUAUUCAUUUAUCAUUGGAGAAGUAAUCGGUUCUGCUUUGUCCAUUUUUUCCAUGCUCAUUGCCAUUCGCCGAAGAGAUGAUGGAAUUCUGACUGGUUUUUUAUCUUUAGUAGGAUGGACUUCAAUGUUCGCAAGUCGUAUUUUAGUGUUUGCUUUGGCCGCUAUUAUCAUCAAACAAUGGAUCGUUGUCUUGUGUUUAGUUCAUGUUAUUGGUUUCACCAUUUGGGUUUAUAAGAUCGCAAUGGAAGCAUUGGAGGAAAUGGAUACACAAGCUGAUCGAUCGAAGAAAAGAGGUUUUAGUACCGCUGUAUUGAUUUUCUUUUUCUUUGGUCUUCCAUCAUUGGUCAUGUGGCCUUACAUGUUUUAUUUGAAAGAAAAACAACGCCCAAUGCGAUUUUUAUUCAUAGUAUUCAUUGAGAACACCAUUCUUGUUUCAUUAUGGUUUGGUCUUCAUUCAACCAAAGCCAAUACAGAUAUUUAUUGGUUAAUGGCUGUUAUUGUAACUACCGUUGUGGCAACCUUAUUCCUAUCGCUAUAUUUCUGUUGUAAACCAUCAAAAGUUGAUCAAGUUGUUUUAUAUGAUAUGCGAUAUUCCGACACCGAGUCAUUUGGCAUUUAUUUCGAAUUCUGUGACAUUGUUUUCAACUUAAAGGUGGAAAAAGAAGUGAAAGAAUUGUUGGAUAUUAUACGGGAAAAACCAGAAUUGACUCAUCCACGUUACCGACAGCAACAACAACAACAACAGGUAGCACAGCCUACAGCUCCUGAAAUUGAUCGACAGUCACCAUGAUAAUUACAAAUCCAAUUGCUGAUAUAAGACAUGUGAUACACCAUUGGUAUUUCAUCACAGAAUUUUUAUUUUUGUAUAUAAAUUCAAACAAAAACCCACAAAAAAAUACUCCCACAAUUCAUAUUUUUCAGAAACUAUUCAUUUCAUGUUAAUGUUUGCAAAUUGAAACAAUUAAAAAUUGAGUUAUCAAUAA